AUGUCUACAAAACGGAAAACUUCAAAAUCCGAUCCAACUCCAAAACGCCCAGCUUCACCGAACAGCACUCCGAAUCCUGUUCUCGGAAUUUUUGUGGCGAUCGCUCGUCAAAUUUUGUUUAUCGAUGCUCGCAAAGUGGCAAUUUUCUACCUGGCAUUCGUGACAGUUCUCUCUUUCAUUGAGUCUCGUGUCGAAUUGGAUUCCACCUACUAUUUAGUUCAAAAACAUAGUGUUCUGAAUCAAUAUGGUGUGAAAAUGGGAUGGUUUUGGACUCUUGUCAUUGUUGGACCCUUUAUUUGGUUCGCCUCUAAAGCCCACAACCGCCGUGAUCGUGACCAGCCAUUUAUCGAUAUCUGUCGCCUCGGAGUUGGCACUGUCUGCUGGUACCUUUCCGUUCAGCUAUUCCAUAAAGUCCACGCCGCCACCUCGAUGUGUGAUAAAGGACGCCGUUUUACACGUGUUGAAUGUUCAGCGAAAGAAGGUGUUUGGACUCCUGGAUAUGAUAUUUCUGGUCACUGCUUUUUGAUGAUUUACAGUAUUCUUAUUAUCACUGAAGAGGCCGUCGCCUAUCGCAACUACCACCAAGUCACCGACGCCGUCCACAAAAUGGAUGGUGACCGUGAAGAACACGAUCGUCUCACUCGAUGCAUUCAAUAUUUCUUCGUUGCGAUGCUCUUCUUGCACGCGUUCUGGUUCAAACAAAUCAUCAUUUCUGUUCUGUACUAUCAUAUCUUCGCAGAAGAGAUUCUCGGAGCUCUGGUCGCCGUCGGCUGCUGGUUCCUCACCUAUCGCGUCCUCUAUCCGUCUGGACUCUUGGCUCCUCCAAUCAACCGAUCCGCCGGCAAAAGAUAA